UCUCCCGGAGGCUUUAGGGAAGGCACUGGCGGGGUACACAGAGUCCCGGGGUGUAGGCGUCCUCAGGUCGCCAUGAACCGACUCCAGGAUGACUAUGACCCGUACGCGGUGGAAGAGCCGAGCGACGAGGAGCCAGCUCUGAGCAGUUCUGAAGAUGAAGUGGAUGUGCUUUUACAUGGAACCCCAGACCAAAAACGAAAACUCAUCCGGGAAUGUCUUACUGGAGAGAGUGAAUCAUCAAGUGAAGAUGAAUUUGAGAAAGAAAUGGAGGCUGAACUAAAGUCCACCAUGAAGACAAUGGAGGACAAGUUAUCCUCACUGGGAACAGGGUCUUCUUCAGGAGUUGCCAAAGUGGGAGGAGUUACAGCCAAGUUCUAUGAUGAGAUAUAUUUUGAUUCUGAUUCUGAGGGUGAAGACAAAGCAGUGACCAAGAAAAAGAAGAAGAAACAACACAGGAUUCCAACAAACGAUGAGCUGCUGUACGACCCUGAGAAAGAUAGCAGAGACCAGGCCUGGGUUGAUGCCAAGAGGAGGGGUUAUCAUGCUUUUGGAUUGCAAAGACCACAUCAGAAACAACAGCCUGUUCCAAACAGUGAUGCUGUUCUGAAUUGCCCAGCCUGUAUGACGACAUUGUGCCUUGAUUGCCAGAGGCAUGAAUCCUACAAGACGCAGUACAGGGCAAUGUUUGUGAUGAAUUGUUCUAUCAACAGAGAAGAGGUUCUGAGAUACAAGAAUCCAGAAAACAGAAGGAAAAGGCGGAGUGCUAAGAAGAUGAAGUCUAGUCCUGAAGAUCCCACAGAGAGAGAAGCGGAGGAAAUCUAUCACCCUGUCAUGUGCACAGAGUGUUCAACUGAAGUGGCAGUCUAUGACAAGGAUGAAGUCUUUCACUUUUUCAAUGUUUUAGCGAGCCAUUCUUGAUCAAUGUGACAAGUAACUGCCCAGCUCUGUGUAUAAGGCAAGCAUAGACUCUUGUUUUCCUCUUUCCUAUUCAUAACAUUCAGUGAUGUUGUUAUUAAAACAAUAUUUCAUCUUUAUGAAAAGGAGUGGUUAUCAACCUCUAUCUCUUCUCCCUUUUUGCUUUUUAAUUUUCCCAUAAGUAAUGACAGGACUGAUUAUUCGCUUCAUUUCUGGUACAUAUUUGGAGACUUUGUAGCUUCUUAUUUAUUAAAUUAGCUUCCUAGACUCAAACAGUUUUGGAAUAAGUAUUUGUUUCCUAGUGUUUGGUCCAUUUUCUAUUGCUGUAACAAAAUACUACAGAUUGGGUGUUCUAUAAAGAAAUGAGGUUUAGCUGUUGGCAAGAUGGCUCUGCACUGGCAUGCAAGCCUGCUCACCUGAGUUCAGUCCCUGGAAUCUGCAGUGGAAGGAGAGAAUCAACUCUUGAAAGUUUUCCUAUUU